AUUGUAAACAACAAUUUGGAAAAAUUCUAUUAAAAUUCGUGACACUAAACGAAAAGAUAAAAGACCACCUCUAUUUGGAAACUUAAGAAAUUUCGCAUCUUAUUUACGUUUUCUUUAUUUUUUUUUAUACUCCGGUUUAUUUAGUUUGUCUUUUCAUUAUUAAUUAAACAAUGCAAAUUUUAAUGUCAAAAGAAAAAUGAUGUGAUUAAUUAGAAAUUGAAUUAAAUUGUGCAUUCUUAAUUAUUGAAGCAAAAAGUAUUCAUUAUUAUGCAUACGACUGAAGGAUUAACCUACAAAACGGUUGACAAUUUUGUAUAGUGACACGUGCAGUAAGAUUUGACAGUUGGAACUGUACGCAAGAUUUAUUUAACAGAACAUUUCUCAAAGUUAAUUUGAAUUCGUUUGUUUUCAUCAGUUGUUGAUAGUCGGUGGAUGUUUAGGAACAUAUUUAUGUCGUGAUCACAUUGAGGAGUAUAACCAUGUUGGACCCAGAUAAAAAAUGUAACGAACCGUAUCGCCAAUUAGAGGAAUCACAUGGAGCCGAGCUAAAUGUUGGCGCUCAAAGUACGUCGAGCUGUCACCCAAGUUUGGAAAAUGACACUGAACGAUCGAUGGAACUUUCCUCUGUUGUAGUUAUACCUGAUGAAGGGUUUACCUAACACAAAAAAGAAGGAUCGUAUGCUGUAAAUAUUUAGUACCGCAUGAUAACAUAACAUUGGGAAAACUGGUUUUUACUAAUGGUCACAUAAUACAUUACAUUAAGUUGUGGUAACAUGGAACACAGCAAAAUGUCUUUAACAACAGUAUACAUUUAGACAUGCAUGUGUGCAAGGAAUUAGACACCUUUACUGUGGUACAAGCUAUCAAUGCAUUAGGCUUUGGAAAAUUCCAAGUAAAAUUGUCUCUGUUUACGGGUCUUUGUUGGAUGGUAGAUAGUAUGGAAAUUACGAUACUGAGUAUUCUAAGUCCAUCCUUACAUUGUGAUUGGGGGAUUUCUAGAUAUCAGCAAGCAUUGACCACAACGGUAGUAUUUCUUGGUAUGAUGUUAAGCUCCACUUUCUGGAAUAAUUUGAGCGACAGAUACGGUCGUAAGCAAGCUUUAACUUUAUGCGCGGUGCUACUAGCCUAUUAUGCAUUUCUGAGUUCAUUUGCCCCAAAUUUUCUCUGGAUCCUAUUGCUUAGAGGAGUUGUAGGGUUUGCUAUUGGUUGUGUACCACAAUCAGUAACACUGUACGCAGAGUUUCUGCCAGCAAAACAACGUUCAAGAUGCGUUAUUUUACUGGACUGCUUUUGGGCUCUUGGAGCUUGUUUUGAAGUGGCGAUUGCAUUAAUCGUUAUGCCAAAUUUUGGAUGGAGAUGGCUUCUUAUAUUAUCGUCCAUCCCUUUAUUUAUAUUUGCUGUAAUAACACCGUGGCUGCCAGAAUCUACAGUAUUCGAUAUGACAGCUGGAAGAACAGAUCGUGCAAUUUCGACAUUAGAACGUGUAGCUAGAGAAAAUAAAAAGUCAUUGCCUUUAGGAAGACUAGUUAUGGAUCGAUUUUACCAAGGUCAUCAUGGUCGAUUUAAAGAUGUCUUAAGCAAAGAAAUGUGUAGAACCUCUGCUUUACUUUGGCUUGUAUGGAUGAGUACAGCAUUCUGUUAUUAUGGAGUGGUAUUAAUGACAACUGAACUUUUUCAUACAUCUUCAGAGCAAUGUAGCACAUGGAGCAUGAAUAGCGAUGAGGAUACAUGCCAACUUGACUGCAAAUUACGACGUAGCGACUACAUCGAUCUACUUUGGACGACAUUGGCGGAAUUUCCCGGCAUAUUUUCUACCGUUUUUGCAAUCGAAAAAAUAGGAAGACGAAAAACAAUGGCCUGCCAGUUAGUUCUGUUUGCUAUAGUGAUUUGCUUCUUAGGUAGGACCUGCUUGUUGAGCAGAGCGGCGUUGACCAUCGCUGUUUUCCUAGCCAGAGGCUUAAUCGCUGGUGUAUUUCAAGCUGCGUAUGUUUAUACACCAGAAGUAUAUCCUACGCAUUUACGAAGCAUAGGUGUAAGCGCGUGUAGUGCUAUGGCGCGAAUUGGUGCUAUGAUUACUCCUUACAUAGCACAAGUAUUUUUACAAUGGUCCAUCACGGGAGCUAUGAUUAUUUAUGCGACAACCGCUUUAUGUGCUGCAAUUGCUACGCUUGCACUUCCCGUAGAGACGAAGAAUCAACAAUCAAAUGAUGCGUGUCAAGAAAAUAGAUAGACAUCUUUCCGUAAUAAUGUAUUUUAACAUAUUGACUGAAAUUUACUACUCAAUUGCAUUAUUUAGGAUAUUUUUAUUAUUCUUUUUAAUGCAUUACGACGAUAUUCAAUAAUACGUACACACACAGUCAACUCUUGAUUAAUUGAGAACUCAUCUUGUGUAUUCAUGUACGAUCAUGCAUGUAUACGAAUAUGCAUUUAUUAAUAUUUUCAAUUCAUUGUUUAAUCAAAUGGAUGUACCUUUGUUGUAAAUAUAUAUAUAUAUAUAUAUAUAUAUAUAUAUAUAUAAUCUUUUAUCUAUUUAAUAUAUAGUGCACAUAAGUGUUAACAAGGGGAAUUUUUUCAUUUGCACAAGAAUAUUAAUUCUAAAUUAUGUACAAUACACAAAUGCAAAGACUGAUACGUACGUGUGACAACUUUCAAGAAAAGUGCCAAAACAAAUAUUAAUCAUGAAUGUUUUAUAUUUAUUCUCAAUUUUAUACACAUAAUUUUGAAUGUUUUUUUUUCUAGAGAUAAUGAUUAUGAAUAUUUGAAGAAAUGAAUAAAUGAAUAAAUUUUAGCUUAGUAUACAUGAUUGGUUUAAUAAAUAAAUAUAAAUUCAAUUUAAGGCUAAUACUGAUGAAUAUCAUAAUAAAAAUUGAAACUGAUAUUCAGAAUCUAUUCUAUGUGCAUGAUGAGUUAGAUUGGAAAAACUCUAAAGUAUAUAUACUGUAUUUAUUAUAAUUAUUUGAAGAAGACAGAUUAUUACAAAUAUUUUAAGACAAUUUUUUGUGUGUAAAAAUUUAAUAUCAAUUUUUAUAACUAUUAGAUAAAUACAAUAAAUAAAAUUUUG